AUGGUGAUCAUAAUUAAAUCAGCAGUACAACAGUUAUUAAAAGAUGUGACUAGAAGAAGAAUGAUUCAUAAAGAAAUUAAACAAAUCUUAAAUUAUACGGAAUAUUCAAAAUGGGACUUGGGGGUAUUUUUCGUAGGAGAUAAGGAAAUUAAAGAAUUAAAUUUACGUUAUAGGAAUAUCAAUAAAGCAACAGAUGUAUUAAGUUUUCCAUUACAUCAGACGAUUAUUCCAGGUAAAUUACCUAAUCCAUUAACGCCAGAACAUCAAAAUCUUGGAGACAUGAUAAUAUCGGUACCAUAUGUUAUGAGAUGGUGUAAAGAACAUGAUGAAAUUGUUGAAAAAAGAUUACCUGUUUUGUAUACACAUGGAAUUUGUCAUUUAAUCGGAUAUGAUCAUGAGAAUGAAGAGGACUUUGAAGAGAUGAAUAAGAAAGAACGAGAAAUUUUGGAUAAAUUUUGGGACUGGAAGAAAAGAGGUGACGAUUGUAAUGGUAGUAAAAGCGAAAUUGAAAGUGAUGAAAGCGAUGAUGACGGAAACUCUUAA